GGCUUUCACAAGUAUAGUUUUUAAAAAAAUAACUUUCUGAUUUAUAUAUAUAUAUAUACAUAUAUAUGUUCUGUAUCUCGUUAGCAAAAGCAGAGUGGAGAUGGAAAAGGGAGAUAAAGCCAUCCGAACAGCGAGGAAGUAUCUACGAGACGCAGCACAAGGAAGAGGAGCGAGCCACGUAGAGAGCAUCUUCCUGCAUGGCCUGGAACUCGUCCAUGUCGGACGAGGAAUCGUUCUCUGUCACCUCCGCAUCACUGACCGCGUCUUGGACGGAGAGGGAAACUGGAGUGUCGGAGCAAUCGCGGCGAUGAUAGACACGAUCGGUCCCGUCACUACGUUCACCUACGACGACGGCAGACCCCACGCCACCGUUGAUUGCAACUCUUCCUUCCUUUCGACGGCCAAGAUUCAUAUGGAUGCUAUACUCGAGAUCGAGAUCUAUACAUAUAUAUAUAUAUAUAUAUAUAUAGAGAGAGAGAGAGAGAGAGGGAGGGAGAGAUGGAGAAGACAGCAGUGGAGAAAGCGGUGUCGGCAUUGGAGGAUGUAAGCAAAGGUUUGGGAGGUUACGAGAUGUAUUCCAUAAAUCUUGAGGGCAUCGAAGUCGUCCAUGCAGAGACUGGUCUCCUACGUUGUCUUUUAGCCGUCCCCAUCUCUACCUGCGAUGGGGAUGGGAAAUGGCAUGUAGGAGCCAUGACGACAGCCAUGGAAGUAGUUGGCUCCGUUGCAGUGCUCACGCUUGGUUCACAGUAUUGCAAAACCUUGGAACUUACCAUUUCUUACUACUCCUCGGCUAAAUCCCAGGAAAGAGUUGAGAUCGAAGCAAAGAUUGUCGGGACAAACGGAAAUCUAAGAUCGGUUGAGGUUAAGACGACGAGACAUGGGACUCAUGAACUCAUUGCUUUGGCUAAAUUAUGGUCUCUACCCGCCGGUCUUGUUCCUUCACCAAGCAAGCUUUAGGACUUGUCACCAUUUCCUCUUGUGUU